AUGAACGCGGCGCCCACACCAAAAUUACUAGUAGAAGUGAGGGAAAGGAAGUCCAGAAGGCUGGCUGAUAAGUACUCUAGGGGCACUUGCUGUGAGAGAGAGGGGAGACCUGUGCACCGCUGUGCUGCACUGUGCUUAGAUGUCCCUGGUUCACUCCUGAGGCUGUACCAUUCUUGCCCCUAUUACCAGGCCAGCAUCCAGGCCGCCGCCCUGCCUGGCACUGACGGCUGUCUGGCCUCCCCGAGGGUCCCUGCAGGACUGGACGCGGCAUGUGCUGGCGGGAGUGGUGCUGCGGUGGAGGUCGUGAGGCCGGGCAGCAGCAUGAGCGGCCGGCGGCGGCGGCAACAGCGGCAGCAGCAGCAGCAGCAGCAGCCAGCCUCAGGUGUGGGGAGGCGCAGGUGUGGUGGCAAGAAUCACCUGGAGGCAGGCAGCUCUGUCCACAGAGGAGAGAGCAAGUUUGAGUGCCAGCAGUGUGACAAAACUUUUAUAUCCAGACAAGGCCUUAAGUACCACAUCCUGACACACAGUGGUGUUAGAAAUUAUGAGUGUGGUGAGUGUGGGAAGAAAUUUAUCCAAAAGUUUCACCUCAUCAGACACACCCUGACACACAGUGGUGUUAGAAAUUAUGAAUGUGAUGAGUGUGGGAAAAAAUUUACCCGUAAGUCUUCCCUCACGAGACACACCCUGACACACAGUGGCAUUAGAAAUUAUGAGUGUGAUGAGUGUGGGAAGAAAUUUAUCCGCAAGUCUCACCUCACCUCACACACCCUGACACACAGUGGUGUUAGAAAUUAUGAGUGUGAUGAGUGUGGGAAGAAAUUUAUCCACAAGUCUUCCCUCACCUCACACACCCUGACACACAGUGGUGUUAGAAAUUAUGAGUGUGAUGAGUGUGGGAAGAAAUUUACCCAGAAGUCUAACCUCACCACACACACCCUGACACACAGUGGUGUUAGAAAUUAUGAGUGUGAUGAGUGUGGCAAAAGAUUUCCUACCAUUUCUUGUCUCAAUCGACACGCCUUCAGACACACUGGGGUGAGGGAGUUCGAGUGUGAUGUUUGUGGCAAGUGUUUCAAGACAAAGGGUGAGAUUGCCCAGCACGUGAAGAUCCACUUCUGAGGUGGUGGUGUGUGGACACAUGGGGCCACACCUGUACCUGUGGUGGUGGUGGUGGUGGUGGUGGUGGUGGUGGCUGUGCCUGUGUGUGCUGUGAGGGAGUCAUGGCCC